AUGGACGUUGUGGAAUUCUUGUGUUAUAUGCACGGAAACAUUGUUAAUGGGCCAAGCGGGAUAGAAUAUGAUAGGCAACCAUCUCUUCGUAUAAACAUGCAUCGUCAAGAUGACUUCAACACAUUAAUCGAUGGAUUUUAUGAUGCAUAUUCCAUAAAUAGAGAUGAUGUGGUAGAGGUAAUAUUUAGAUAUGGUAGUUAUGUAGCGAGAUCUACUUUCCAUAUCCCCAUCUCAUUACGAAGUGAUAUUGAUGUACAGUUCAUGAUGAGCAACGCUCCAUACCCUCCAAAUAGGGUUGAAUUGUAUAUAUCCCAACCCAGUGUCCCAAGUCCAACAUCAACGAGAGAAGAAGUUGAAACUGUUGAGUUGGAAAGUCAUGUUGUGGAGGAUGAACAUUAUGAUCCAACUAUUGCUACAAAUGACGAAGAAGUUAAAAUGGACGAUGAUGAUAUCGAUCUAGAUCAACUAUCUAGUCAAUUUUAUGGCGUACAUGAAGUCCCCGAAACAUUUACUGAGAUAGACUUGAACGAGAUGACCACUGAACCCGAUUCGACAACGGGAGAAGAUAGUAAUAUGGGGUCUGAUUCACUGCUUAAGGGGAUGAUAUUCAAUUCCAAAUUGGAUUUAAAAAAUGUAGUGGAAAACUAUUCAAUCAUUCGACAUCAAAAUUUUGAAGUCAUUGAGUUGAAGAAAACAACAUGGGAUGUCAGACUAAGUCAGGAUCACAAUCGAUUGAACUCAGAUCUAAUUGCAUCUGAGGUAAGCAGCAUAGUGAAAAAAAAACUGUCAGUUGACAUCAAAACAUUACAAGAUAUUAUCUUGAACAGUAUGGUUAUACCAUCAGUUAUUGGAAAAGUGUGGGACAGAAGAAGAAAUGCAAUUGCGAACAUAUUCGGAGAUUGGAUCGAAUCGUACAAUUUGCUACCCAAAUGGAUGAAUAUCUUACAAAUCACAAACCCCAGUACAGUCGUCCAUUGGAGGCUAAAUAAGGUGGAUUGUGAUGAAAGGAUUGUAAUGUUCACUAGUGUGUUUUGGUCGUUUGGACCUAUUAUUGAGGGUUUCAAGCAUUGCAGGCCACUACUUCAAAUUGACGGAACCUAUUUGUAUGGGAAGUAUGAAGGAACAUUGUUAAUAGCUACCUCAAUUGAUGCAAAUGGUCACAUUUAUCCGGUUGCAUACGCCAUUGUACUGGAGGAAAGUGCUAACUCGUGGGUUUGGUUUUUGAGAAAUUUAUGGGAUUAUGUGGUGCAUAGAAGGGAAGGAAUGUGUCUAAUUUCAAAUAGACACAAAGGCAUUAUAUCUGCAGUCAGAAACCCUAACAACGAUUGGGUUGGAUUACACCAAAGAUUCUACUUGCAACAUGUGGCGAGUAAUUUUAACGACAAGUAUAAAAAUAGUUUAUUGAAGAGUUUCUUGUAUAGUGAAGGAUCAAAAUUUCAAGUUCGAAAGUUUAAUGGCUAUAUGGCCGAACUUCAAAUAGCAAACCCUAAUUGCUUACGAUAUUUUUCUUCCAUAGAUCCUAAGCAGUGGACACAGACACAUGAUGGUGGUCAUCAUUAUGGAUAG